AUGUCAUUUAGGCAUGUAAAUAUUGAUAUUUACAAUGAAGAUAAAUUAAAGAAAGAAGAUUUAUAUCAAAGGGAAGAACGAUCUCCUGAAGAAGUACGAGAAGAUAUAUCUAAACGAACACCAGAAUUGCUUUGUAUGAUACGAAAAGGAAAAGCAGUAGAAGCAUUAAGUAAAGCAUUAAUCGAUCCUCCGUAUGGAGAAGAUAUAGAUGAUAUUAAGAUAAUACAUAUGAACACAGUGUUUGAGACUCUUUCUUCGAUAAAACCUAGUGAAAUUCUUGAUACAAUAAAAACCUUUAGUGUAGAACAAAGAGAUGUAUUGAUGAAAUAUUUAUACAAGGGACUUUCAAACCCAAAAACGUAUAAUUCAACAAUUCUUUUAAAUUGGCAUGAAAAGCUUGUAGAAGUUGCUGGAUAUGGAUGUAUUAUGCGGAGUGCACUUAGUGAUCUACGAACUGUUUGA